ACGAGUUCACGUUUUCUCAGCCGCCGUCAAACAAUCAUGGCGGACUACCAAGAGGCGCCCUUGGCCAGUCGGCCAAAAACGCUGGACCCGAGCGAGUAUUUCAACCUUUCCGCCGAAAAGCGACGUGCCGAUGAAGACAGAGCAGCAAUACGAGCGAACCUGAAGAGGCAAUAUCAGACGCAGCUGAAUGACCCGCACAGGAAGGCGCUCGUUGACGAUCCUGCCCUGACACGCUGGGUGUAUGCACGCGCCAACCCCUACCCAUUCUUCAGGCCCACGUUCAAGACUUCUCUGCUGGGUGCCAUGUUUGGAGUCGUACCUCUCGUCGUUCUGUACUACGUCUUCAAGACAGACAGGGAUAGAAAGGAGGCCAUGAUCAAGGCUGGAACCCUCGAACGCAAGUUCUGUUUGUCAUCAUGAGUCACCCUUUAUGUCCUAGUGUUGCAAGUGUGUGUAAUUAUAAAUCAAAUAAAAUGCUAUAUUCAAAAACA